CCGGAUGUGACGUCAGCACCUCUGUGUACACCAGCUGAUCGAAGCAACAGAAGCAGAUCAUCAGAUCGUUAUUGUUGUUUUGUUUACCGGGGGAGCACGGCAGCAGCUCAGGUCACGCGCUCACUUUCAGCAACAAACAGCAGCGCGUGCAGCCAACACGUGAGCUUUAAGGGGCCCAUUUGUUUUGGUGAUACAUCACCAAGGCCUAACUGUGAUGCUAAGCUAAUGAGUUAGCAGGAUUCGUGGAUAUGAAGUGCUGGUAAAAGAAGUGAACGGCCGGGGAGAGCUUCCCAGCCAGACAGGCGAGCAAACGAUGAUUGUAUAUGAAGCUAAUGUAGAAUGAGACGCUGACUGGAAGCUUCUGUAGUCUGUCCACUGACACAACAACAACGACGACGACGACAACAACCUCCGACAGAAAGUAGCUUGUGGCAGCAGAGCUCUCGUCCAGCUCGACGAUGUGGUUGAAACUGUUCUUCUUACUCUUGUAUUUCAUAGUGUUAUUUAUGCUAGCGAGGAUUUUUGAGGCGGUAGUAUGGUACGAGACUGGUAUGUUCGCUACUCAACUUGUGGAUCCAGUCACUCUCAGUUAUAAGAAGCUGAAAACUAUCCUGAAGUGUCGAGGGCUGGGAUACUCUGGACUGGCUGAGAAGAAGGAUGUCAGUGAACUGGUGGAGAAAUCAGGAGAGUUGACCCAGGGGGAGCUCUACUCGGCCAUCAAGAAAGAGAAGGAGCAGACAGAGACAGGAGAUGGCAGCACCACACAUUUCAGUGGAGAGAUGCACUUCUAUGAAUUGGUAGAGGACACUAAAGAUGGGAUCUGGCUGGUUCAGGUCAUUGCCCAGGACCGGGAAGCUCUGCUCAGUCAGUCCAACUGGGGGAAGAUGGUGCAGAAAGUGUCUCAGUUUGGGAUCAGAACUGGAACCUUUAAUUGCUCCAAUGACUACAGGUCAUGUAUCAAGCGUGGCUGGCAGCACUCCACUCUCAUCAUGUCUGUUCCUCAGACUUCAGCGUCAAAGGGCAAAGUCAUGCUAAAAGAAUACAACGGCCGUCACAUUGAAACUGAACACAUAUUCCGCUGGAUGACCUCGCAUGUAGCUCAUCGAAUCAAAACCCUGCGUCGGUCUGAGCAGCUGGUGGAGGAGUGGCGCUCUGAUCUGGCCCACCCAGUGAAGAUGUUUUUGUUUGCCCGUCUGUCCCAGCCGCCCGCCUUCUUCUCCUCACUGUCAAUCAAGUUCACUGGCAGGAUUGAGUUCAUCUAUGUGGACAUACGUCAUUGGGACAACCACAGCAGCCUAUCAGAGAUUGGUGUGACACAGAGCCCCGCCUACAUCCUCAAAAUGCCUGAGGGCAUUUAUCGCUAUGGCAACAGUACUGGUGAGUUCCUGUCCCUGGCUGCUAUGGAUACUUUCCUGCGUUCAGUCCAGCCAGAGGUCAAUGAUCUUUUUGUCCUCAGUCUCGUCCUAAUCAACUUACUGGCCUGGAUGGAUCUCUUCAUUACACAGGGAGCAACAGUGAAACGAUUUGUAGUUCUGAUCCGAACACUUGGAACCUACAACUCCAUACUGCUGGUGUCCUGGCUUCCUGUUCUGGCUCUCCUCCAGCUGCCCUAUUUGGACACUCUGUAUGGUUAUAGUCUGAAACUACUUCGUUAUGCUGACACCACCACACUGGCUAGCCUGGUUAGAGCUGACUGGACUUUCUACUCAUCCCACCCAGCUCUCUUCCUGUCUACCUAUCUGGCCCAUGGUUUGCUGGUUGACUACUUUGAGAAGAAACGUCGCUGUGGCAUCAGAAGCCAAGAGGACAGCACCACCAACCUAGAGUGGCUGGCCAGUCUGUGGGACUGGUAUACGUCCUAUCUGCUCCACCCGAUCACAUCUUUGCAGCAGGUCCCAUCUGACCACUCAGACUGGGAGGAUGAUCCCAGCCUCUUAUUUGAACGCUUGGCUUUCCCUGAUCUCUGGCUUCGCCCAUUAGUAAAUAUGGACUACAUUAAAUCUCUGCCAACCUGGAGGUUCAGAGUUGUUCGUCAGCACAGGAGAAAGGUUUCUGGUAGAAAGAUGGAUGAAGAGACAGACAAUUCACAUUUAGACACAAAAAGCAGGGAGCAGAUGGAUUCCCGUCAUGCAGGGCCCAGCAGACCUCCAUACAGCUGCCAAAUUCCCAAGAAAUCAUUAUGCAACCAGGACAGCAACACACAACUCUCUGUAUACAACAUGGAUCUUGCUGCUGCAUCAUCUUUCUGCUGUCGUCAUGGGAACGGAGCUGACAGGGCACUGGAAGAUGGUUGCCUCACACCUGAAGGUGUUUGUAACCAUCAGCACUGUGAUUGGUCAGUAUGGCCCUAUGACAUGCUGCAGUGUUCAGAGUGUGUGGUGUGUCUGGAGAACUUUGUGAGUGAGGAGCUCCUGAUGGGUCUGCCCUGUGGCCAUGCCUUUCAUCAGCAGUGCAUUGUCGUGUGGUUGGCAGCAGGAAGACACUGCUGCCCAGUGUGUCGCUGGCCAAGUUACAAGAAGAAGCAGCAGAGAGCUGCACAGAGAAAGUCUACUGAAAACACACUGCAGGAAUAAUGAGUACAUCUGACUGGGCCCUUCUCAUCUUCCAUCUCUCCUCUCUCUCCAUUGACUCACUAAGCUUUGAGAUUGUGUCUGUUAUCAUCACAGCUUUCAUGCGAUUGGGACAGGGGAGGUUUUAAGAAGAAGUUGAUGUGGUCAAGACUGAUGUAGUCAUGAAUCUGCUUGUUUCCAUUCCUGUUGAAGGCAGCGUGUGGACAUUGUGGCAGACAGAUGAAACUAUGAAAGGCCAAUCAUGAUUUCUGUAUAGAGAGGAUAUUGAUUCACGCAGUAACUAUAGGUGUAGUCUCAGUGAACUUUGUAGUGCAAUAAAAACAUAUUUAUAGUUUUGCUUUUUUCAUCUACCAGAGUUCUUCUGUUAAUGAGGGGAAAGUAGUCUGUUCACCCCAGAAACCACCAGGGUGAGAUUUCUUUUAAAUGGUGUUGUAAUUAUAGGCAGCAGCAAGCUCCUCACUAUAUUAAGCCAACUUCAUCAUUACGCAGUUGUUACCUAGAGUAACAGUAGGUAUACUCUGUUCCAUCCUCUGUCAUGACUGUUGGCAAAUGCAAAAACGUCCAUGUGUAGUAUUCUAACUAGAAUUUCUCUCUCUGGUCAGUGCAGGAAAGAUGUAUGAGCCAGCACAACAAUACAAUUAAAAUGAAUGAAUCUGGUGUGAAAUAUCUGGUACUUCUAGUUCUGAAAGUAUUGGCAUCGCCCCUACAACCACUCAGAAUGUUUUUUAAAUGACUCAAGCUUUUAUUUUGAAUAACAGUUGAGAGAGAACACACAUGUCUUUAGAUGAAGACACAGACGGGGCGGUGUUUAGCUCAGUUGGUAGAGCAGCCGUCCCAUGUACAAAGGCUCAGUCCUUGCUGUGGAAGCCCAGGGUUUGAAUCUGACAUGUGGCUCUUUCCUGCAUGUCAUUCCCUGUCACUCUCUCCCCCCACAUUCCUGUCACUCUUCAGCUGUCUCUAUCAAAAAAACAAACAAAAAAAAAAAAAAGAUGAGGACACAGACUACAACUUGGUGGUGUGGACUGAGUCAUGCCAUGUGAUGUAAGCAUCUUCUCAUACAGUCAUUGUGCCUCCUUGGUUUGAACCAACUAGUUUGACAUUGAUGUGAUAAAGAUGUGUAUGCAAUGGUGCAGCACUUUGAAAACAUGCCUAAUUUCCCUCACAUUAGAAGCUGUUCAUAUACACACACAGCCUCAGCCAACUCAAGAUAAGCAAACAGUGAGUCUGAUGCAUCUUGAUUCUUUCUUUUUCAAGCUGAAGUUUAAAUGGAUUUACCAGAGUACUAUGUCGAAAUGUGUACGUUACCACAAAAAUUAUGUUUUUUAUGUUUGAGGAUUUAAAAGAAAGCUCAUUUGCAAUGCUCCAGACACACUGAAUUGUUCUGAGAGAUUAUGCAUUAUUAGACAGUUAUACUAUAAUAUACAUUUUAGAAACCAGAAGUCAGCCACACCCACAUCCAUCUUCUGCAUCUGUACAGCAAGUGGUACAAGGUAUGUACAACAUCUGAACACAGUUAAAGCUAUACCAAUCAAUUAUUUAUUAUAACAGUGGUUUAAAUGACUGUGUAAUGACAAAGGUGUCGCUUAUAGUGAUCCAUCCAUAGAGAAUUAUUAACAGCUCUACAGUUAUCCUCAGCUCCACAACUGAUGAAACCAGCUGGCAAACAGCAGCUAAAAAGUCAGAUAUUUCCUUCAGGAAUUGAUAAAGAUAAAAAACAGACCUAGAAGCAGAAUAUUGAACUAUUUAUCACACCACUCUACACAUUACAGACAAUAUGGAGUCAGCAAUUAACCUGUUAGGUCAUGUCUUUGGACUGUGGGAGGAAGCCGGAGUACCCAGAGAGAAGCCACGCAGACACAGGGAGAACAUGCAAACUCCACACAGAAAGGCCCAGUUGAGGUUUGAACCAAGAACCUUCUUGCUGUGAGGCGACAGUGCCCAAUGAUCACAUUAUUUAAUAAUAUUUAGCUUGACCCUAACAGUACAGCUGUAUUCUCUUUAAUCAGUGCAAAUUAAUUUGUAUGUGUAUUUCUUUUAAAUGUCUAUGUCAGUACAUGUCAUGGUGGAUAUUAUGGGCUGACCUUUGCCAAUCCAGAAUGGCAUGUGUUAGCAAGACCACCUGAUAUGAAUUUAACAUGAUGGGUAUCAUGUAUGAAGGCACCAGAUGGUCCCAAGUCUUCCUUUACAUGUAUCAAUUUCAUUACCCAAGAAUACUUCACUUUCAGAGACCUUGUUGCAGUAAGGACAGUCUUUGCCACUGCCAUCGUCAUGUGUCAUCAUCCUGUUCUUCUGAUGUUCAGCAGUACUGAAUAGAAUACUGAGAACCUUCACUCAAUAGCUUGUUUUUUAAUAAAUUAAACAAAGCUCUUAUUUAAUGAAUAAUAAAGUGAAUUUCAUGUUG